AUGGGAUCAACGCAUGGGAUUUUUACGAAAUGGUUCAACAUCAAUCCCUUCUAUCAAUUGCUAAUCGUGAUGCCCCUUCUCCACUCCUCAGCCGUCUCCAUCGCUCAACUCAUUCUCUUCCGAGCGAAUUCGGUUCUCUUGCCGAGUUCUCGAUUCAAGCUAUCUCAUAGAAAAUUAACUUCUUUCAUCUCAAUUUUCUAUCUCCUUAACAUUGUACAAAGUGUUGUGCCCAUUCUACUCAUCGGUGUUGAACAAGAUGGAGUCCAAUUAGCUAAAGAUUAUAUUGAUACCCAUCCCGAAUUCCCGAGCCUCCAGAAAUCGUACAACUCGUCGAUGAUGGAGAACUUUGAUGUGUAUGGGAUUUCACAAUUCCUAAUAGCUGGAUUUUUCGGAAUUCUAACAGCAGGAAUUUGUGUUUUAAUCAAACCCUCAGCGAUUUGUCUUGUUUGGUUUUCGGCCUUCACAAUGCAU